AUGUCCCGUUUCUUCGCAACAACUUACGAAUACGAUAGUGAUUCUUCCUCUUCUGAAUCAGACUUGUUGUCCUCUUCUGAAGAAGAACUAUUAAGUUCCUCUGGUGAAGAGUCCGAUGACUCCCUUUUCAAUGAAGACUCUGAAGGUUCAGAUUCUGAUGUCGAUUCUGACGAUUCCGAUGGUAAACCUUAUGGUCCAGAUUGGUUCAAGAAGUCAGAGUUUAGAAAGAGUGGUGGUUCCGGUGGUAACAAGUUCCUAAAGGGUGCUAAUUAUUCCGAUUCUGAAGGUUCCGAAUCCGAUGAUGAAGGUAAAAAGGUCGUUAAAUCUGCCAAGGAUAAAUUAUUGGAUGAAAUGCAAACUGUCUUCGACAAGAUUGAAACCGCUGAAAUGUCUGAUGACUGGAUCUCCGUUCUAAAUGAAUUUGACAAUAUCACUCGUCUAUUGGUUAGAGCUCAACAACAAAACUGGGGUACUCCAAAUAUUUUCAUUAAAGUAGUUGCUCAAGUUGAAGAUUUGGUUAACUCUACUUCCCAAGCUGAUAUUAAGAAGAAAGAUGUCGCAAGAGCUUACAACACCGCAAGACAAAGAGUUAGAAAGGUUGCUAAAGAAAAUGAAACAUCAAUGACCCAAUUCAGAGAAAACCCAGAUGAAUUCGACAAGGAACCAACUGUUGACCUAGAGUCCUCUGAACCAGCUAUGGAUAUUAAUGCUCAGUUUGCUGCCAACAAAUCUGUCAAUCUUUCCUCUUUGGCCGCUGCCUCUUCCGAAGUUAGCUUUUUCACCUCUCUACGUAUCGUCAUUGAUUCUAGAGGUAAGAAAAACGUUAACUCUCAAGAUAUGAUUAAUAUCAUCGAGGAUCUACUAGCUUCUCCAACUAGCCCAUAUGAAUCAAUUAUGGCUUAUUUGAGUUUGAUUCCAAUCAGAAUGGAAGCUACCAGCAACUUGUCCUACCAACCCAUCGAUCAAUGGACAGCCGCUUACAAUGAUUACAUGGCUCUAUUAAACCUACUAGAAGAUAGCAUUGCUACUUACCGUGUCUCUGAAUUGGCUACUUUCAACGAAGACAUCGAAACUGAACCAGUUGCUGAUGCCCAAGGUGUUAAGAACAUUCUAGGUUCUUUAUUUGCUUUUGUUGAAAGACUAGAUGACGAAUUUACCAAGUCUCUAUUGAAUUUGGACCCACAUUCCAGUGAAUAUCUAAUGCGUCUAAAGGACGAACAAUUAAUCUACAAUAUGAUCUUAAAGACUCAAUUAUACUUGGAACAAACUUUACCUGCUGAAAAGAAGGAAAGCUUAUUGGCCCGUGUCUUUGUUAAGAGAUUGGAUCAUAUCUAUUUCAAAUCCGAUAAAUUGAACAUCAUCAUCGAAACCAAUGCCUGGAAAUCUGUUCCACAAGGUUCUAAAUCUGAAUACAUCCCAGUUCCAGAAACCAUCGAUGGUAAGUACAUCUCCGCAUUGAUAAACUCCUUAUGUGACAUCUUAAUUAAACAAGAGGAUUCCUUCCUACGUACACGUGCUAUUUUAUACUGUGUCUUCUUUACUGCAUCAAAUGGUAAUUUCCAUGCUGCCAAGGAAAUGCUGCUUACUUCCAAGGUUCAAUCUAACAUCAGUAAGAGCAAUUCCUCUCUACAAGUCUUGUUCAACCGUGUUGUUGUUCAACUUGGUUUAUCUGCUUUCCAAGCUUGUUUGAUUGAAGAGUGUCACCAAGUUCUAAAUGAAUUGUUGGCCAGUGCUCAUUUGAAGGAAAUUUUGGGUCAACAGCCUCUACAAAGAAUCAACUCCAACAUUGAAAACCGUGAAGAACAAUGUAUUCCAUAUCAUCAACAUAUCAAUCUUGAUUUGAUUGAUGUCGUUUUUAUGACAUGUUCUCUAUUGAUUGAAAUCCCACAAAUGACCGCAUUUUACUCUGGUAUCAGAAUUAAGAGAUUACCAUACUCACAAAAGUCCAUUCGUCGUGUUCUAGAACACCACGACAAGUCCAGUUUCCAAGGUCCUCCAGAAACUUCUAGAGAUUUUGUCUUGUAUGCUGCUAAAUCCAUGCAAAAGGGUGAUUGGGAAGCUUCAAUUGCUUAUCUAAAGAAUAUAAAAUCAUGGAACAUGCUACCAAAUAAGGAUGUUGUCAUGGAAAACUUGGUUGAAAGAAUUAGGAUUGAAUCCAUGAAAUCUUACUUAUACACAUACAAGAGGUUUUACGCCAAGUUCUGCAUAAAACAAUUGGCAGACGUCUUCAACUUAGACACUGCUAAGGUUGUUGAAAUUUUGGAAUCUAUCAUUGCUGAAUUUGAGAUCAACUUCAAAUUAAACGAUGAUAAGACUGCGUUGGUUGUUGAAAGUAGUGAUGAGAUCACCAAGUUAGAAGAAGUUGCUUUAAGAUUAAACAAAGAAUACAAAAUCACCAAAGAACGUUUGUUUCCAUCCCGUCGUCGUUAA